UACUAUAAAAGGAAGACUGAGAAUUUGCUGAAGAUAUUUAAAAACACAUUUUCAAGUUGUAAGCAAACCUCUACUUGUGGCAGCAUGUCCAAAAAAAUUUCAUCUGUUCAGGGAGUGAGUUCUGAUCCAGAAAUUUUGAAAAUAUUGAGAGAAUGUGAAGAACUUAAGUCAACACUGAAAAAAUAUGAGCGCUAUGUGGCAGAAGUUCAGGGUAACUUCACAGUUUUAAGAGCUGAGAGAGAAAAAAUUGUCAGUCUUUAUGAACAGGCACAGGAAGAGAUUUCCCGACUUCGUCAGGAAGUUAUCAGAUGCCCCAGAACUCCUAAAAGUACUGUUGCAGUUCAAGCUGAAUUAAGACGUGUGGAGACAGAAAGAGAUACAGCACUGUCAGAUUUCCAGAGGAUGACUACCGAACGUGACAGCCUCAGGGAGCAGUUGAAGAUUUCUCAAGAGACUGCGUUUAAUGAAAAGGCUCAUUUGGAACAGAGAAUUGAAGAGCUAGAAACUGCUAUUGAAAAUUUAGAUAGUGAACGGCUAGAACAGAUGUCCAAAGUGGCGCUAAUGAAAGACACCAUCAAUUCUCUGGAAACUGAGAUUAAAAGAUGGACAAGAAGAGCACUGGAUUCUGAAGCUGAGCUGAGCCAAAAGGAAACUGAGUAUAUUUCACUUAGUUUAUUGAAUGAAAAGACAGAGCAGAAUCUUUCAGAGGCUCAGCAAAGCCUUAUUAAGAAAAAAUACGAAAUGCAAGUCAUCCAAGAGAAAAUUAUGAUUUUGGAUGAAAAAAUAGGUAAUUUUUCAAGACAAGGCCUUGCACAACAAGAGGAGAUCUGUGCUUUGAAAGAAACAGUUGUACAACUUACUAAAGAGAAGGCAACUUUGCAAAACUCUGUGGAAGAAGGAAGAGAGAAGAUUGCCACUUUAGAAGAAAGCCUGUCAAUUAAAGUACUAUAUGAAAAAAUAGCAAAGUAUCAAAAUGAGCUGGAAGAUAUGAAGUUGAAAGCCCAGGAUUCAAAUACAGAUAUUGUCAAACUGAAGGGUAUACUGAAGUCUAAAGAGAGAGAGAAUGGUGAGCUACUGGAGAAGUACCAGACAGCCUGUGAACGAGGAGAGAGUUGGGAAGCUAAAUACUAUCAAGCAGAAGCAGAUUGUAGCUCUGUUAGGCUGGUGCUGAUCAAUGCAGAGUCUGAGAACCGCAGGCUAAAAGAGAAAAUGGAGCUCCUUGAAACAGAGAUGGAACAACUGCGGAGCAAGUGCAAGUCAUCUGAUUCUGAAAUAGAGCUGCUGAGAAAACAACUGGGAACUGAAAGAGCAUCUAUGAAAAACCUGGAGUUUUUGCUUAUGUCCAGCCAUGAGAAACAGUUUCAGUCACAGAGAGCAACACAUGAAAAGGAUUCUGAAAUUCAGUUUCUCAAGGAACAGCUUUCUUUAGGAGAAAAUAAACUUGCUGUGCAGAGUCAAGAAUUUACUCAUCUCAGAAACAGAGCAGCUCAGCUAGAGUCAGAACUGGGUAUCACCAAAAGACAGCUGGAGACUGAGCAUUUUGAAAGGGAACGUCCUGUAGAGGAGCUUCAACACCAGACUCGUACGGUUUCGUAUCAUUUAAGAACAUCAUCACCUGAACGUUCCCAUCUUCAGCCUCCUGACUGGUCUCUGGAAUGGUCCCUGGAUGAGUAAAUUCUUCAACAACAUUUAAGUUCUAAACACUAAGGGGAAAGACAAUCAAUCAAUAAAUAAAUGGACUAACUCUGAUAUUUUUGAAAUAUUGACUGGAUCCCAUAGAAUUACUUUGCUCUAAAAGAAGUUAGAAGAAGAUUCAAGACCACAGUUUUCUGAUGACACUCUGUUUAUUUUGUUUUAUUGAGCUGCAUCAAAACUAUAUGGUUAAUACUAACAGUCAUAACUGCACAAAACAAUAAUAGAAAUAAUGCUGCAGAAAAUAGUUUCAUCUUUCCUACAUAAAAGCCCCAAACUAUCCAGUCUUUAUUCUUGUAGUAGUAGUCAGGAUAGUUUUUAUUCUAUGUAUUUGCAUUUUUUAUUGGAAACUUAAAUGCAUUCUGAAAGUCUGGAAAUACUUGAAACCCUGAGAAGGAGCAAGGCCAACUUUCUUUACUUUUAACUAUCAGUGAAAUGGAGGCUCCACAAUAUGCAGCUACUCCCCUGUUAUUUUCAGUCUCUGUUUAGUUUCAUAUUUGGUAGAUGAAUGCUUAUUGCAUCAUUUUUUUUCCAGAUUGAUUGCUGCAUGCAUUAAAAACAUUUUGCCAUUUGGGGAAGAGGGGGGGAAGUCUCAGUUCAUGACCUGCAGAAAAUCAUUUCAGCUUUUGAGAUGGCUGUGUACUUCCAGAAUGAAUUUUGUUAACUGAGAUUAUUACCUUUGUUUAUCAAAGAACAUAAGUCCUGAGAUUACCAGACAAGUUUCUUCGGGCCAGUGAGCUGGUUCUGGUGCCCUUAGUAGGAAACACAGCUGUGCUAGGCAGUCAUCUUGUAGCUAUUGCCAGCUCUUGAUAGGAAGUACAGGGAGUUCUUCGUUCCUCUGAUAGAACUGUUUCUACUCCUCCUUAGUUUGAGUACAUAAAUUUGUUGAAAUAGCCAUGUAUCAUUUGGAAUGGUUUAAUGUGCUUUUAAUUAUCAUAACACUUUCUUCUAUUUUUUUGAUACAGUAUGAAGGACAGAGGGAUCAGUCCAUUUAGUCACUACACUAAUGGUUACGGUUCUUUUUCUAUCACUCCCUUUUCAGAGUGGUAGAAUUCCUUUCUGAUUAGUAAAUGUCCAGCUAAGUACCAAAUCAAGACUAAUCUUCUAUAAACCAGAUUAUGAAUUCAAGUCCUUUCUUGUUUGCUUUCUGGGUUUUGUGGUGUUUGGUUUUGUUGUUGUUGUUGUUUGGGGUGUUUUGUUUUCUCCUGGCUGGCCUUAUGUGAAAUGAUCUGCUUUUGUGUAUUCUUAGGGAAAAACACGUUUAAGUAAGGACUAAAAAUGAAGAAUGUCAGCUAAUUAUACAUUCUCUGUUUGCUUAAAAUCUUCAGCUGGCUUAAGAUAAGCCAUUUUCAAUUAAAUCAAUGUACCUUCUGAGUGCAAAUGAAACUAUUUGUUUUUUUCUUAAUUAUUUUCCCUUUUUGAGUGUUCAAA